GCGACGCGGCGACUGAUCCCGGGAUCCCCGGAAACAGCACGGCGAAAUUCUGGAGAGCACCGAGCACCGCUCGUCACACGUGUCGCCGGCGGCAGAAGCCGCGCGGAUCUGGCGUGAGCCGCUGCGGCCAAGCCCAACCCGCAUACUCCCUUGUUGUUCGUCUCGCCGCAUAAACUCGCCCUCACCCGCCGCCGCCGGUCUCCCCCUUCUCCCGGUUUCAGCCGAGCCUCACGUUUUCCCGCACGGAUCAAACACGCAGAAAACCUAGCAUCCCUGCUUGCUAAUCCAGGAAGGCUGGGCGGAAACCACGCCCCCUUCUUGUUCGUCUUCUUCCCCCACUGCGUCUCGCCGCGGUACGGCCACAAUCUCAUUUUUCUUCUUCUUGCUUUUCACCUUCCAUUUGGUUAAAAUGCCCUGGAUUGCAUUUGAGGCCCGUGAAUGUUAUUACCAGUCUGUUUGACUCGAGGAAGUUUCAGUGAACUCAGCUAUACAGUACGUACAUGAGGAGAAUGGAUGUUUGCUGUGCCUACUUCGACCCGGAUUAUGAGAACCUCAACGAGAGGAUUUAUGGGACAAGGGUUAAUGUGGACAACGAGUCAUGUGGUAAAUGUACUAUUGUUAACGUAAACAGUCGAAAUGACCAUGACCUCCUACUUGAAGUGCUCCAAGUUUUGAUUGGCCUCGAGCUGUCGAUCGCAAAAUGUUACAUAUCAUCUGACGGCGGAUGGUUUAUGGACGUUUUCCAUGUGAGAGAUCAGGAAGGAAACAAGGUUUACAGCAAGAAGGCCAUAAACUAUAUAGAGCAGGCAAUAUGUACUAGAGAUUCUCCGAGGUUCACAGUGACGAGAUCGAAUGAGCUUGCGUCCAGACCUGAUGUUGCCGCGCACUAUACAGGAAUUGAGAUGAUUGGCCACAACCGGCCUGGAAUUUUCUCCGAGAUAUCUGCUGUUCUUGCUGAGCAGGGGUGUAAUGUUAUGGAAGCGCAUGCUUGGAGCCAUAAGGACAGCUUAGCCUGUGUUGCAUUUGUGUCUGAUGAAUCAACAUCAUCCCCCAUCAAUGAUCCGAACCGCUUAGCCUCUAUUCAGGACCAUCUUGGUACUGUUCUUGGACCUGACACAAUGGAUGAAGAUGGGCGUAGUGCAAGAGCUCAUAUGCUUGGGGCUGAUGGCCUGACAAGUCAUCCUGAUCGUCGGUUGCACCAGCUAAUGUUUUCUAGUAAAGAUUUUGAUGGACAUCCAGGAAAGGCAUGUACUGCCUUCCCAAUGCUUAGUUUGGAUGGUUACAAAAAGGGCAGGAGGACAGUGGUCUCUGUUGAUCGGUGCAAUGAGAAAGGAUACUCAGUUGUAAAUGUGGAAUGUGUCGACCGGCCAAAGCUGAUGUUUGACACUGUGUGCACGCUUACGGACAUGCAGUUCAAUGUCUUCCAUGCCUCAGUUUCCUCCCGUGGGCCUUUUGCCUGUCAGGAAUACUACAUCAGGCACAGGGAUGGACAUAUUCUAGACACUGCAGAUGAAAGAUGCCUGGUUGUGAAAGGUGUGAAAGCUGCAGUCGAGCGUCGAACUUGUGAGGGUGUGAAGCUGGAGCUAUGCACGGAGAACAACGCUGGUCUCCUCUCUUACAUCACUAGGGUCCUCCGGGAGAACGGGUUAACCGUUAGACAGGCUGACAUCGCGAUGGAAGGCAACAAGAUGAAGAACACGUUCUACGUGCAAGGCAUCUCAGACAACAAGAUAGACAUGGAUGUCGUCGAGUCUGUCAGGAGGGAGCUAGAUCCCCUGCCCUUCCAGGUGAAGGAUGAUGCGCUUCUGUCCCCGGGGCAGCUGGAAGGCGAACCAGCGGCUGAGAGAAACGUCUUCUGCAUCCUUGGCCUGCUGAGGUCGAAGAUAGAGAGCCUGUCAUGGUUUCAUCUCCUCCGGGAUGACACAUCAUUUUGGUACUUGAAGAGUUGGAAUAUCAAUUCGGAUCAAUGGGAAGACAUGCGUUGAUUGGCCGAUACGGUCGUUGGUACAAGCUUCAACAUGUGCACUGCUCUUUUGUAUG